CUGUAGCAGAAGUGCAGCUUCGUGAUGAUCAAUAUACCCUUGACCACAUGCGUGCUUUUGGCAUGUAUAAUUAUCUUCACCUUGAUUCCUGGUACCAAGAUAAUGUCUACUAUGUUGAUCAGUUUGGAAGGGUUAUGAAUCUGUCAGUGACUCUGGACACUGCUCUGCAAAAACCAAGAGAAGUUUUCAGGCUACCUACAGACUUGACUGCGUGUGAUAAUCGCCUUUGUGCCUCAAUGCAUUUCUCAUCCUCCACGUGGGUUACCCUCUCUGAUGGUACAGGAAGACUGUAUUUAAUUAAAUCAGGCAAGCGUGGAAGCAGUGCAUCUGAAAAGUGGGAGAUUGUGUUUAAUGAAGAACUAGGAAGUCCAUUUAUUGUAGCACACAGUGUUUCAUUUGUGAAAUCUGAUGCACACUCACUAGCUGUGCUGCUGCUUAGGAUAGAAAAAGAUGAACUGGAUACAAAAGGGAGUGGAUUUCAUGUUACUUUGGAAUGGGUUACAAUUGCAGAAGGAAAAGAGGGUGAUCAUAGAUACGAAAUCAUUAAAAGGAGAGUUUUGCAAGGAAAAUCUGUCCCCCAUUAUGCAGCAAUAGAGCCAAGUGGAGAUGGUCUAAUGAUUGUUUCCCACAAACCAUUCACAUUUAUGCAAAGUGAAAGUGACAAAUUAGAAGAAAAUGAUGAUUCAAAAGUAUCAAAUGAAAAGAAAGUUGUAGACCCCCUCUACUACUGGCAGCAGACGGAAGAUGAUGUGACCAUAACAGUUCACCUGCCUCAAGACAUCACAAGGGAUGACAUAAAAAUACAUUUUUCCCCUGAUAAUAUAUGUGUUACACUGAAAGACCAGCCUCCUUUGAUGGAAGGAAAGCUCUAUUCAUCUGUGGACCAUGAAAGCUGCACAUGGAUAAUUAGAGAGGACAAAAGUUUGGAAAUCUCUCUGAUGAAGAAAAAUGAGGGAUGUCGGUGGACAGAGCUAAUCAUUGGUGACACAAGAGGGGAAUUCAUUAUGGACCCCUCCCAGUGCUCUGAAAUAGCUGAAAGCCUGAUGCAUCUUACCUCUGAAGUAAUGAAUCCAAACCCUGAUAAGGAAAAGCCACCUUGUAAUGCUCAAGAGUUAGAAGAAUGUGAUGCUUUUCUUGAAGAUGGUGCAAGCUUGUGCAGAUUUGAUGGUGAUAGCUUGAAAAUCACUCAUAUAAUUAAUCUUGGAAGUAACCAGUAUCUUUUCUCAGUCGUUGUGAAUCCCAAAGAAAUGCCAUGCUUCUGCCUGAGGCAUGAUGUUGAUGCUCUUCUCUGGCAGCCUCACUCUGACCAACCAGAGAAUAUGUGGGAGCACAUUGCAACUUUUAAUGCUUUGGGUUAUGUCCAAGCAUCAAAGCAAGACAAGAAGUUCAUGGCUUGUGCUCCAGAUUACUCCUACGCUGCUCUUUGCGAGUGCUUGCGAAGAGUUUUCAUCUAUCGCCAGCCGACUCCUCUGGCCACGGUUCUCUACAACAGGAAGGAAGGAAGACAAGUGGGACAGGUUGCUAAGCAGCUGGUAGCAACCCUAGAAGCCAAUGAUCCUAUCUUAGGCUUUCAAGCUACGAGUGAGAGAUUAUUUGUUCUCACAACAAAAACCUUGUUUUUAAUAAAGGUGAACUCUGGAAAUUAAUUAUUCAGUGUGCUCUGCUGUAGUUUGUGUUAACAAUUUGUUAUAGAAGUGAAUAAGUUGACGAUCUGACAAGGUCAGUGCAAUUUGCUGAAAAUGACAAAGGGGAUGUUUUACAGGGGAAUCAAAUUUCUUCAUUAGAAUUUUUCUGUAAGAAAGUGAGUUUUUGACUUUGCUGCCCUGGAAGUAAGUUUUUUCAGAGCUAUGGGAAAAUGUCUUCUGCAUUAACAUCUUUGUCAAAGUAAUUGUCAGAUGCUGCUAUUGCAUAGGUGAAUAGAUUUAUGCAUUGCUUUUUCCAAGUGACUUUAUUUGCUAUACUUCUGAGUUUUGAGAAUUGACUGCUGUUUUUAAAUGUCACUGCUUACCUAUGAAAAAAGUAGUCAGAUAAAGAUUUAAAAGCAUAUGAUAUGCCAAGUAGAAUGUAUUAUAAAGGAAAAAAUCUCCAGUUCAAAUACGGUUGACCAAAAAACUUUUGAUAUUUGAUUUGAUAUUUUGACAUUCAGUAGUUUUGAGUGGAAUGUGAGAGAAAUGAGAGAAAUUAAUGGGGUAUUAUGUUUCUUAUACAGGUAAUAAAAUGAAGCAAAUUUACUGUA